GGGCGGGGCCCAGCUGUUGCUAGGGUUGAUGUCCUUCAAGGUUUCUUUCCAUAGAGGCCCCAGGGGGUCUGGGGAGGUAACAUGGUGGGGUCUGGGAUCUCAGCUUUGGGCCUUCUCCUGCUGAUGCAGGGCUCAGUAGAUGCGAAUGGAAUCCAGGGAUUUUUCUACCCAUGGAGUUGUGAGGGAGAUGUGUGGGACCGAGAGAGCUGUGGGGGUCAGGCAGCAAUCGAGAAUCCCAACCUCUGCCUACGCCUGCGAUGCUGCUACCGGGAUGGUGUAUGCUAUCAUCAACGGCCAGAUGAAAAUAUGCGGAGGAAGCAUAUGUGGGCACUGGGCUGGACCUGUGGCAGCCUACUCUUCCUGAUCACCAGUAUCUCUCUCUUCUGGUGGGCCAGGCGCCGAGACAUGCUGCAUGUACCACGCUUUCUACGAGGGAAAUGUAGUAGACUGGCAGGGUCAGUCUCCCUACUGUCUAAGGACCGACGAACGGCCAACAAGAAGCCAACCCCAGAUGCCACCACUACCCAAGUGUACUCAGUGCCACAAUCCUCAGGAGGCGCUGAAGUAGAAGCUGCAGCUACAGUUUCCGGGGAGGAAACAGAGGGAGCUGAAGAAUAGGGAAGCACCAUGAGCAACUAAUCUCCAGUCCUCAAACUUCCCUUGCCCCUCAGCACAGUGCCUGAGUGGCUACAGAAGUGCACGGGCAUCAUCCAGCAAGGACUUCAGCUCCCAGAGUCUCCACUGGCCAAGCCUUUUCUUGGAAGUGUGCUGUCUGCACUCAGCUUCAGUCUGUCCAAUUAGCUCUCUCUCUCUCUCCUCCUAGUCUUGCAGGUAUCCUGCAUCAAUGUCAUUUUCUAUAUAGGACCAACCCUGUAGUAAAUAUCUUGCAAGUUCA